AUGGCUCCGCCUGGCAUUCCUGAGCCAGCCAUACCAAAUGGAAACAACGGCCGCCAUCCCGACAGCAAUACAUCAACCCCGAUUUCCACCUCUCCCGAGUCUACACGAUCGAGCAAAAGUACAACGAGCGGCAAAGCUAGCACUUCUGGAGCUAGUAGGCAUCUCUACAUAGGCAAUGGUCAUCGCUCCGAGAGCACUGGCGGUGAUAUCGCAAGAAGAGCUUCAGGUACUGAGAGCGAGGUGUUGUCGACACAAGCAAAUGGGGCGCAGAAAGACCGCGCGAAAAAGCUCCCCAGGUCCAAGACGGAGAUCGACCUUAUAACACGGGGACCAAGAGAGAGUCGUGAAGAUGAGCCUGGCCAAGAGUGGGAAGUACGGCAUGGCUGGGGUCAACAGUACUAUUCGAAGGAGGUCUUCACGAUCCUCAACAAGGUAGCCUAUCCUUACAAUUCAUACUUCACGUAUUACACCAAUAAAGGGCAUGAGACCGAUGGUAGACCAACAGUCAGCAUGCAUACACCCCCACCCAAAGAUUGGAACCAGAAAGACAAGACGAAGACAGUGCAAGGCUCUCUCGUACUAUGUUUGAAUCUAGGUGUUGAUCCUCCCGACGUCAUCAGACCAAACCCUUCUGCUACCAUGGAAUGCUGGAUUGAUCCUACAAAAUCAACCCAGCAAAACCCCAAGAUUCUUGAACAGAUAGGGAAAGCUCUACAAGGACAAUACGAGAAUCUUAGCAUCAAAACUCGGUACAGACAGCAUCUUGACCCUUCACUAGAUGAGACCAAGAGGUUUACUACGGCUGCACGGCGCAACGCGAAGGAGGAAAGAGUCCUGUUUCACUACAACGGACAUGGUGUACCUUUGCCAACACCGUCUGGCGAGAUAUGGGUCUUCAAUCGUGACUACACCCAAUACAUACCUGUCGCACUUUAUGAUCUGCAAAGUUGGCUCGGUGGUCCGUCAUUGUGCAUAUAUGACUGUUCCCAUGCAGGCAACGUCAUCGGCAAUUACGAAAGAUAUGUCCAGAAACACGAGGAUGAAAAUCAAGAGUUGCGUAUGACCAGACCAGAUGUAGCAAUCCAGAAUUACGGCGGCAAUCUCCAUCUGGCGGCCUGUGGAAAAUCAGAAACAUUGCCUACUGAUCCUGAACUUCCUGCAGAUCUAUUCACCUGCUGUCUGUCAACGCCGAUUGAGAUCUCAUUGCUCUUUCAUACCCUUCAGAAUCCCAUUCACCGCAACAUCACAGCCGAGGAUUUGAAGCAGGUGCCUGGCAAGGCUCAAGAACGAAGGUCACCCAUGGGAGAGCUCAAUUGGAUUUUGACUGCAAUUACGGACACCAUUGCGUGGAAUUGUCUACCCACUGACCUCUUCCGCAAGCUUUUCCGUCAAGACUUGAUGGUAGCCGCUCUAUUUCGGAACUUCAUAGUAGCAGAGAGGAUCAUGACCGCAUAUGGCUGCCACCCUACCACUCACCCCAAAAUACCACCAACACAUGACCAUCCCCUAUGGGAAGCGUGGGAUCUCGCCGUGGAAUUGGUGGUAUCCCAGCUACCUGAUCUAAUAGCAAGUAGACAAGAAGGCGCGCAGCCAUACGAAUAUCAGCAAUCGAAUUUCUUCUCCGAGCAGCUGCAAGCCUUCGAACACUAUCUUGAGCAAGGCGCUCCAAGAAAAGAUCCACCGACGCAGCUUCCCAUCGUGCUUCAAGUACUACUCAGCCAGGUCCAUCGCUUCAGAGCUUUGAUGCUACUGAGCAAAUUUGUCGAUCAAGGACCUUGGGCAGUUAAUUACGCCCUUACUAUUGGUAUCUUUCCAUAUGUGGUCAAGCUCCUCCAGUCACCUGCUGUCGAGCUGAAGCCGAUCAUGAUAUUCAUCUGGACUCGUAUCAUGGCUGUUGCAGCCAAGGACUCUUUUUAUGUUCAUAGUGAGCUCUUGAGGGAUAACAAUUUCAGUUACUUCAUCAGUGUUCUAGUCUCUGGCUCUGUGUUGCCUCUUGGACACGGUGAAUUUCAUCAUGCCUCACACCGCGCGAUGUGCGCUUUCGUCAUGACGAUGUUCUGUCGAGGCUUUGGACAGGCGCAACAAGUAUGUCUAUCAUCAAGGCCAAGUCUGAUGGAUUGCUGUUUGAAUUUCCUGCAAGCUGGUGACGGGGAUGCUGGUAGUACUCUUCUUCGCCAGUGGGCCUGUCUUUGCAUUAGUGAGUUAUGGAAGAACUAUCCCGAGGCAAAAUGGGUGGGAAUUCGAAGUCUGGCUCAUCACCGGCUGUGUGCUUUGAUUGUCGACCCAGUCCCUGACGUGCGGGCUGCUGCUAUACAUGCUCUAACGAAUUUCCUGGGUAUCCCAGAUCUUACAGAGGCUGUUGCCCAGAACGAGAAGAUGGUGGCGUCAACGCUCAUGAUCAUGACUACAGACGCGAAUAUUACUGUCAGGAGAGAGCUCUUAGUCUUUUACUCUGCUUUUGUGAGGAGGUAUCGAAACAAGUUCAUGGUCGCGGCAUUUGAGACACUGACAGAGGAGCUUGAGCAUUUGCUCGAAGUAAGUGCUGGAGUGGAGAACGACCGACAGCCCAAGGUGAAUGGAACCCUUGCCGCAGGAUCUCAUCACAGCUCCGACAGUAAGGUCUCGGAGGAUACUUUGCAAGGUGCCAUGUGGUACCAGCUCAUCACUCUAUCGGUAGAUCCACAUCCAGAUGUAGCACAGACAGCUGGCAUGAUCGUUGACUAUAUCCACAAUGCUCUACUCGAUUCACCGCUGGGUUCACAUACUCAGGAGUCGAUUGAUAAAAUCCUCGACCUGACUUCACAAAGGCCCCUGCCCGGUUCGCGAGCACCUUCGGCGGCACCUUCUGCUCGACCAGAAUCAUCGCCUGCUCCAAGAGGACAAGCAGAGCUAAAGCCUGAAGGGUAUAUUUCUUUGGGCUUCAAGCGGACGGCGAGCGUCGCGGCCGCGCUGGCAAAAUUAGUUGCUGGUGGCCCGUCAAUGGACAAUCUUGCAGCUACGAAUGGCAACGUGCCAAUCCCUGUUCAGCAGAAACGUUUAUCAGGACCAGGGCGCGCAGGUAUACCUACAGAGUGGAGUACUCCCCCGGACCAACGUGACAGCCCUCAUACUUCAGGCAAGUACAUCAAAGCUAAAACACCUAGACCAAAACAAUUUCAAGAACGACAAGGCAGGGAAGUGGUCGAGCUUCCGCUUCGAAGCGAUUUCUUAGACUAUUCGCUUGAAUACUUCCUUGAGCCACAGAUGAAGCCCUAUGAGCCUGAUGAGCCAGGAAGCGAUGACUACAAUCAACGUCUGUGGCGACGUGAACGCAAUGACAAGAUCCUAGCCAAGACCCAGCCUCUGAAAAGCUUUGCGAGCACGAAUCCAUGGGACAAAGAUGCAGGCUUCUUCAAUAACGGCUCUCAACCUUCCAAAAUGGCUUUUCAUCAAUUCGAAGACCACCUGGUUGUUGCCGAUGAUAGAGAUAGUAUCUGUAUCUGGAAUUGGCGAGAUAGAACGCGGCUUUCUCGCUUCUCAGUCGGCAACCCCAAGGGCUCCAAGAUCAACGAAGCGCGCUUCAUCAACGAGGAUGACCAGGCCCUCCUCAUAGUGGGCUCUUCAGACGGCGUAGUCAAGAUCUUCCGCAACUACGACCGAGACCCUGAACUCGUGACCGCCUACCGCGCCCUUAACGAAAUGGUGCCCAGCACACGUAACGCGGGUCUCGUAUUUGAAUGGCAGCAAAGUCAAGGCAAGCUCCUCGUCGCUGGAGACGCCAAAGUCAUCCGAGUCUGGAACGCCCAGACAGAGCUCUGCAUCAAAGACAUCCCCGCGCGCUCGGGCUCCUGCAUCACGUCCCUCACCUCCGAUCAAGUCGUCGGUGAGGUCUUCGCUGCGGGCUAUGGGGACGGCGCGGUCCGCGUGUUCGAUCAGCGCUUGAAACCCGCGCUUGCGCAGGUUAAGGUCUGGAGGGAGCAGAAACAGUGGAUUACUAAUGUGCAUAUGCAGCGUGGAGGGCAGAGGGAGCUGGUGUCGGGGAGUCGGAAUGGAGAGGUCAAGUUGUGGGAUGUCAGGAUGGAGAAGAGUAUUCAGACUGUGAGGGCGCCAGGGGUGCUGAGGACGCUGAGCGUGCAUGAGCAUGCGCCUGUUUUUGCUACUGGCUCCGACCACCACGCCCUAACCCUCUUCAACAUGAACGGCGGCCUUCUCAAUACCCUCCACCCAUACUCCCCCUUCCUCAGCGCAGCGCGAUCCUCGCCUAUCACUACCACCGCUUUUCACCCGCACCAGAUGCUGCUCUCUGCCGGCUGCGUCGGCUCGACCUGGAUCAAUAUCUAUACUUGUGGGGAGGGGAAGGUGGCUAUUUGA